CCAGCUGUGUUGCACUGUGCAGUCUGGGUGAGAUGCCAUACUGGCAGUGCAAGAUUGAUGGAUAGAGCCGUGUAUCGCACAUAACAUCAAUUCUGUCCUGCUUUCCUUUUCAGUCAUUCUCACUCAUCACUCCUCCCUUCCCUGCUUGCUCUCUCUCUCUCUCUCUCUCCUGCCACUGAUCUAGGUUCCUUACCAGUCCCCCUCUCCCAUAUUAGUUUCCAGAAGGCGUCUUUAAUGCUGCCUCAGAGCGCACUCACUGUGAGGCGGUAAGAAAGCGAGCGGAUUCCUGUUUCUGUCACAGCGUAUCUGUUUGCAGGCUAUCCGUGGAACUGGACUGGACUGUGGUACUCCGUAAAGGAGGUGGAGGAGCAGGAGGAGGAAGAAGAGCAGUAAGGGAAGCUGGACAGAUGGAGGAUGGCACCCAACACCCGGGACACUGCAUGGUUGACAUGGAGCUGAGCGCCGACCCUGAAGUACUGACUGCUGUUGGUGUCAUGCAAACAGUCAAAAGGCCUCAGGUGGAGUUCAGCCUUGCGUGUAAUAAUCUGGUGGCCUCUGGCAGAGAUGGGAAACCGAAUGCUUUGGUCCAGGUGGCAGUCAUCGACCCCAACAAGCAGCACCUCAUCUCUCAUGCCUGCACAGAGAUAGUGGAGGCCAACAAAGACCCGUUGUUUCUGACAGGAGUGACCUUCCCUUCAGAGUGUCCUGCAAGCCCAGAGACACUAGUCAAGCUAACUGUGUAUGAUGCAAAGGACAAGACCCAGGAAUCGAGCACCUUCCUGGGUAGUGCCACAUUUUCCAUCAGAGAUCUGCUGACAGCCAAAGAUGAGCGGCUGACCUUGAAUCUCAGGUCAACUGAUGGUGUGUGCGCCACAGGAACAGUGGUGGUGAAUCGUCUGAAGAUGGGGGAGAUGGAGGAGGUUGACGUAGACCACAUCGCUAUUGAUUUACCAACACAGAAGUGCCCCACUGUUUGUGAGUCUGCAUCCCACACCUGCGUCGACAGUCCACAGACUGGGCCCGUGUUUAAGAACCCAGUAUGCAAAGUGUACAGGUUCCAAACGGUGGACAGCAAGUGGAUGCUGGUACGGGAGCAGAUGGAGGAGUGCACGUUGUCCUUCAGCAUCCCCAAGCAGCUGCUCUCACUUUGCAUUCAGGAGGACAUGAGCAGGGUGCAGGAUCUAAAAGACCUGGGGGAUCUGUCACCUCACUGGGACAAUUUAAGGAAGGAGGUGAUAAUGCGUUACAGAGCGAACAUCAGCUCCUACCAGGAGACUUUGGCAGAACUGGACAAGAUUACUGGGUGUUCAUUCAAGCCAAGCUGCUGCAAAGCCCAGAAGUCUCUGGAGUUCAUCCCAAUAAACUUGCACACCCAGAGGAUGAGGGUGACGUGCCCGAGAAAAACAGAUGCAUGCUACGACAUUAUCACUGUCGGUGCCCCCGCUGCCCACUUCCAAGGCUUCAAAUGUGGCGGUCUGCAGCGCCUCCUCAGCAGAUACGAAGCGGACAAAAAGAGCUUCAGUACUGCAUACCAGUGUAUCUACUACUCCCCAGAGCACACAGCCAAAGCUGAGGAGGUUCUCAGCACCAUCAGCCUCCUCCAACCCCUCAUCUCCAGCUUAGCAGACCUGCUCCUCCAGGCAGCCCAGGAACACUCCUCCCCUGGACUUAGAGAUGUACUCAAGAACCUGUCUGAUAAGACAGAACAGUUUGUUCACGCACUUAACGAUGAACUGGUCACGAGCGCAUUACUGGCCCUCCAUGCGGCACGACCUGGCUAUGUUUCCAAGAACCAGAACCAAACACCUGCAACCCAAGAUCAAGGACACCUCCACCAAGGCAGUGACCAUAAUCAGAGCUCUGCCCAGGUACUUUCAGGCCACAGUCCAGAAAGCAGCGUGAUGUGUAAUAAUGUGGAGGGCUCACAAACCACAAUGAGAGAAGAACGCAAGGAGGUGAAGCAUCAGGACUCCAUUCCGCACCAUAAAGAGUAUGACGAGGAGGAAUGGGACAGGGUCUGGGCCAGCGUGGCGAAAAGUCUCAACUGCGUAAUCGCCAUUGUGGAUAAACUCCAGGAAGAAGACGACAGGAAGCAGGAGGCCGUCCCUGACCAGCAGCUCGCUGAUGUCAUCACCUCACACAACCUUGGCGACUGGAGGGAGCAGCUGUGCCCUCUGGUGUCCAGACUAAAGGAGUGUGUGACGGAGGUGGUGGAGAAGGCUAAGAGAGCCAUGACGUUUGUGCUCCUGCAGGAGGCAGCCUGCAGUAUUCCACAGGGUUUUCUCCUCCAGCAGAGGAGAGACGUGGUCUUCAGUCAGGCGCUGGCAGCCUUAGCCUGUGGUUUUGUCAUGAGGCUGUAUGCUGGAAUGGAGGACAAAGGCUUCCUGAGGCAGCUGCACCUGGUCGGCCUGGUGGCCCAGUUUGAGAGCCUGCUCAGCACCUACAGUGAAGAGAUCGGGAUGCUGGAGGACAUGGAGGUUGGAAUUUCAGACCUGCAACAAGUUGUAUUCAAGAUCACAGAGGCCAAGUCAGAUGACCUCAGUGACCUCCAGCCCUUAGUCUGUGGUCGACGAGGCCAAUUCACGGUUGAAGUGCCAUUAGCACGGCGGAUUUUCCAGACUUUACCGGAGGAGAUCAAAGACGGAAAGCCGCUCCGAGUUUUUCCGGUGCUGUUUAACGUGGGCAUCAACGAACAGCAAACUAUAGCAGAGAGGUUUGGAGACAUUUCCCUUCAGGAAAGAAUAAACCAGGAGAACUUUGAGAUGUUAGAAGCCUAUUAUAAAUCGUUAAGUGAAAAGGUUCCCCUAGAAUGUCUACCAUGCUUUCAGACACAGACUGACAUCAAGGAAUUACUUGAAAGACUGGGCCAGAAUGUAGUCACAAAGAAGAGGAAGAACGUGGAGAUCCUGUGGACUGCUGGAACGAUUUGCCGAAGGUUGAACGGUAUCAGAUUCACCAGCUGUAAAAGUGCCAAAGACCGGACAUCCAUGUCUGUCACAUUAGAGCAGUGUUCUCUGCUACGUGACGAACACCAGCUCAGCAAGGAUUUCUUCAUCCGGGCUCUGGACUGUAUGCGGAGUCGGCUGACCCAGGGAGACGUUGGGCAGUGCGAGGACCCUGAGACCGGCACCAUAACAGAGAACAAACCAGCAUCACGACACUUUUACCCCAUUGCCCUUCUGCUUGUUAGCUCCCACUUACUGGUUGUGUGGCUUAUUUUAAGUCUUGUUUUUCUGCUUGCAAAAUAUCAAUAAAUUGCUGACAAAGUCCUCUA